GACCGGGUCAAGCAAAUCAUUGUCGAACAAUUGGGCGUCGAUGCCGAAAAAGUCGUCCCCAGUGCCACUUUCGUUGACGACCUUGGUGCCGACUCUCUCGAUACCGUUGAACUGAUCAUGGCCAUUGAGGAAGAAUUCGACUGCGAAAUCCCGGAAGAGGAGGCCGCCAAUAUCUCCACCGUCCAGGAAGUUAUGGACUUUGUCGAUAAGCUCUAA